CGAAUACGAAAAACAAAAUCAAACUCUUAAAGGAACUUUAUCACAAUGGACUUUAAUUAUACCUGGAAAAGUUCUACCCUAGUAAAGUAUGCACUUAAUUGUGUAAUUGGUAAUUACUUUACAUCAUGAAGAGUCUGGUCGAUUUGGUGGAUGAUCAGCAUGGCAUUUUAGCAAAAACGCAUCGAUUUUUUUCAAAAUUCAAAACAAGGAGAAAAAAAAUACACUUAAUUUCAUCUCAUAACCUGUCAGAGUAUUUCUGGAGUUUGUCUCUAAGGUAAAGUUUGUGGCAAACAUUAGCUUUCUCUUUUGGAUCUUUCAUACUGAUUAUAACGCAGAAGAGUGCAGUUAAAGAAUCAUGACAGAGCAGCAGCCAUCAGCACGUUUUCUGAAUGGGAGGUUUAUAAUGACCUAUGCUAUAGAUUUUAGACUUGCUUUCAAUAAUCGUUAUUUAUGGCAUUAAAGAAUAAAACUAUGUUGCAUUCUAUCUGCAUAAAAUGUAAAGUUUUAGAUGAAGCAGCGAAAUCAGCUACAAACAAUGUGGGACACACAGAAAUAUAGCAAAUAUGUGAUCGUAAUAAUGUGCUCUAUUUUAUUUCAUCACGCUAAGGAAAACAAUGUUAGUGAAUGCGAGAGUAAACAUAUUGGUAUAGUUUACAGUAAAUUACAAGAUGUAAACCUUGAUGAAAUACAAAACAACAGAUGCAUAAUCUAUUUUGUGGACUUUUCUGAACCAUAUCUUGUUAUACAGAAAGUUCAUGAAAUGAGCAAAAAAGACUACGAUUUUAUCUUUUUUCCCUCAAACAUCCCGACAUUUAUCCAAGACUUCGCCAGAUAUUUCACCAGCAAAACAAUAAUUACCGAACAGGCAAGUCACUGUUUACCCUCUGUAAACAAUCCCGAAGCCACAGCAUUAGAUGUAAUCAGCGAUGGUCGCCGGAUCGUAAAAGAAAACAGAAGUCAAUUUCAACUUCAAAAGGUCGCUUCCAUGUCAAUUGCUAUCUUCAAGGAACUAAGGUGGCGUUUGUCCGUCAUUUUCUUCGACAAUCUGUAUGCUCUUCUUGUUGAUGUAUUCACUGAGCGAAUCAACCAAGAUUAUUUUGUACAAAAACUUUACAAUGUUGACGACAUUUCUGAUGAGUACAAUUUGUUGAUGCUUCUGAAAGGGCUAUAUCUUGAAUUGGCUGAACAUCACAUCAACUUUACCAUUUUCUGUAGCCCAAAUAAUACAAGAAGGAUUCUGAAACAGGCGAGUGCUUUCGACCAAUCCAAAGGAAACUUUCGUUUUACUGCGCUAAGAGACCAUUCUUCGUGGUUCGUUGUUACCACAUCUCCAGACUUUGAUGAUGACAUAGGGACCAACAAUUCCAUCCUUGACAACGUCCUUUUGCUGAAUCUUAUUGAAAAGGAAUUUGAACCUGUGGUCAAUGUUAAGAACUGUACGACAAGCAAUGCCAACAUUUACGUUUUAUACACAUUGAUGUGGAAAACAAAAUUAGACUGUUCGCCUCAGUGCAAUCUUUAUCGAAAAUUCGAACCAAUUGGCUGUAUUGAUUCAAAUGGACUACUAACGUAUUCCUCGUUUUUUCCAAAUUCCAAUUUUGGAUUCAAUCGCCGACACUUGUUUGUCACAACAAUAUGGUGGCCACCGUUCACGGAAAGAUUUAUUAAGAAUGGAACGACUGUGAAAUAUGUCGGAUACUGUAUGGAUCUUCUUCGAGAGUUAGCAAAAGCACUCAACUUUACAUACACUGUGAUAGAAGUGCCAGAUGGGGAAUUCGGGGCACUGCUGCAAAAUGGGUCAUGGAGUGGAAUGGUGGGGCAGUUAGAAAGACGGGAAGUUGAUUUAAUGGUAGCUACUACCUCUGUACGCCCUGACAGAGAAAUGGUGAUGGACUUCAAUAUUCCGUUCUAUUACGAUACUUCUACCCUUCUGAUGAAAAAACCUGACCCUAAUGAAAAGAAACUCUUCAUUCUUGCGAAACCACUACGAUGGGAGGUAAUGGUAUGCACGGCGGUAGUUCUGGUAGUUUCUGCCUUCUUUUUGUGUAUAACAGAACAACUGUCUCCAUAUUACAAAGUCCAUGGUACACAGGGUCAACAGGAUUUCCAGCACUCCUUUUGGUACAUGUUUGGUGCUCUGCUGACUCAAGGAGGCGAAAGUGUUCCUAAAUCCCCCAGUGGCCGUACCCUUGUCAGCGCUUUCUGGUUGUUUUCUAUCGUUCUGGUUGGAACGUACAGUGGAAACCUGAUCGCUUUCCUAACUGUACCAUUAGAUAAACCGCCAUUUAAUUCUCUGGAUGAGAUGAUUGCUCAGUCAGAGUAUAAAUGGGGUACAAUUGGUGCAUCCUUCUAUGUGACUUGGUUUAAUUCAUCUACAGUGGAUACUCUACAAGCUGUGUGGGCAGGGAUCAAAAAAUUUAACGAGACGGAUCCAGAGGUGUUAAGUCCGGAUCCUAAUGUCCACAUCGACAAAAUGUAUCGGGAGAACUAUGUUUUCUUUGGAGAUAAAGUUUUUAUGGACAUUCGAAAAUCAAAUCAAUGCGACUUGAUGACAGCUGAGGAGGAAAUUCCGAAUAACUAUUAUGCAGUGGGUCUACCAAAUAACUCUUUAUACACAAAAACCUUCUCCGAUCAAAUAAUAUCACUUCAGGAAGGAGGCAUUCUACACACCUUUCAAGAAAAACACUGGCCGAAGUCGAUUUUUUGUUUUGCACCUUCUGGUCUUCAAUCGAAAUCCAUUUCCUUAAUCGACAUUCAAGCGGCUUUUUAUCUAACGGGAGUUGGUAUUGUUGCAGGAUUAUUAGUUUUGAUUAUCGAAUUCGGCUUCUAUUAUUUUGCAAACAAAUGCUGCAAUAAAUUGAAUCGAGACAAAUGUAUACAUUUACGAACUGUUGCAACAAACCCCGAAAUGUCGGAUGCAUACCAUGUACACGACAAUGGGGGUGAAGUAAUGCUCGAAUCGCCAUCCAACAGAUCUAGAGAGAAUAAAUCAAUGAAACUGAAGACGAGUCAUAUCAACGAAAUAUGAGACUUUUUAUCCAUUCAUUUUGUGCUACACAUUCCCUUCAUAAAGACUCGGGCUUUUCGGACAUUUGCACCUAGUGACAAGAAUGUUUUUUUGAAGAUGAACAAUUAAAAUGACCUGGUAGAUAUAUUUACGAGUUUCCCCUUUUCGCCAUUAUUAUACUAUGUAUAUUUUAAUAAAAACUUGAACUA